CAUCGGUUUUGCACCGACCCAACCUCAUUGCUCUUUGAUCUUUCUGGGAGCUAGUCACCACAUAGUCGUGUCGCGCAGGAUUCAAGGUGGACAACGACUCAUCCAAGAGGUGCUCUUUCACUUGGACUAGUGCAAUAGCAGUCGAGUGGGGUUCAAGUCAUUCGACACACCUUUUCGAAGACAGCCAAAGAGAAACACAUUCCUACUUUUGCCCGCCCCCGCCCCCUCUCUCCCCUCCUCAUUGACUGUUCACCAUGGCCGACGAAGUCGACGGAUGGGUCGCUCAGCUUAUGCAGUGUAAGCCGCUAGGCGAGCCGGAGGUGAAGAAGCUGUGUGACAAGGCCCGAGAGAUUUUGAUGGAAGAAUCCAACGUCCAACCCGUUCGCUGCCCCGUCACUGUCUGUGGAGAUAUACACGGACAAUUCCACGAUCUUUCCGAACUCUUUCGCAUAGGCGGAAACUCUCCAGACACCAACUACCUCUUCAUGGGAGAUUACGUCGAUAGAGGAUACUAUUCUGUUGAAACGGUGACUCUACUCGUGGCCCUCAAGGUCCGAUAUCGGGACCGAGUGACGAUCCUCCGGGGCAAUCACGAGUCCCGGCAGAUCACCCAGGUCUACGGGUUUUACGACGAGUGUUUGAGAAAGUAUGGAAAUGCCAACGUUUGGAAGUUCUUCACAGACGUCUUUGAUUAUCUUCCUCUGACCGCCUUAAUCGACAACCAGAUCUUCUGUCUACACGGCGGUCUCUCUCCCUCCAUCGACACACUCGACCAUAUCCGAUCCAUCGAUCGUAUUCAGGAAGUCCCGCACGAAGGACCCAUGUGCGAUCUGCUAUGGUCUGAUCCGGAUGACAGAUGUGGUUGGGGAAUCAGUCCAAGAGGAGCCGGAUACACGUUUGGACAGGAUAUAUCAGAGGCUUUCAACCACAACAAUGGUCUGACAUUGGUGGCCCGUGCUCAUCAACUCGUCAUGGAGGGAUUUUCAUGGUCACAAGAGCGCAACGUCGUUACCAUCUUCUCGGCACCCAACUACUGUUACCGAUGUGGUAAUCAAGCUGCCAUCCUGGAAGUUGACGAUGCUCUAAAAUAUACUUUCCUUCAAUUCGACCCUGCUCCUCGGGCUGGGGAACCACUGGUGUCUCGUCGACCUCCUGAUUACUUCCUGUAGAGCGCUCCGCAGCGACAAGGACAUUCUGCUUUCUCUUCCGUCCCGGUCAUACCUUGCCUCCUCGACAUCUUCUCUAGUCUCCUGUCUCACGAUGGAUUUUCCGACUACUCUCUCGAUCCGCACCUCGCUUUCAUCAUGAAUCAUUCGACAGCAAUCAGGCACGUACACUCUGGUAGUUUCAACGUAUAAACACUUGAUCCCACAUCACACUCUCUUUACCCUCUCCUUAUGUGCCACGAUAGCGCUCGACUAGCAAUGUCUGCUCGUAAAGUAGUAGAAAUAACUCUUUCUCCAAGCCUCAAGCGCCAUCUCGUCUCUCUCCCUCUCACCAUAGCGCUCGCACCCCAGAACUGUCGGUUCAAGAGAUUCUCAAAAAUGAUAAAAAUGUAUCAAAGAUGAAUGAAAUGCCAUCC